AUGACUGGAGGAAGAAAUAUUAUAGGGAUCACCCAUUUCAUCCUCCUGGGAUUCCCAGAUUUUCCAAAGAUUAUAACAGGGCUUUUUGUUGUAUUCCUGUUUAUCUAUGUUAUGACUCUGACUUGGAACCUGAGCCUCAUCGUCUUAAUAAGAAUGGACUCUCACCUCCACACACCCAUGUACUUCUUUCUCAGUACUCUGUCCUCCACAGAUAUCUGCUAUGUGACUUCCACAGUCCCCAAGAUGCUCUCCAACUUUUUCCAGGACCAGCAAACUAUCAUCUUUGUGGGUUGCGUUGUUCAGUACUUUGUCUUUUCCACCAUGGGACUGAGUGAGUCUUGUUUCAUGACAGCCAUGGCUUAUGACCGAUACGCUGCCAUUUGUAAUCCACUUCUCUAUUCAUCAAUCAUGUCGCCCACUCUCUGUGUUCGCAUGGUACUGGGGUCCUAUUUGGCGAGACUCUCUGCUUCUAUAUCCCAGUUGUGGGCCAUUCUUCAGCUCCAGUUCUGUGGGUCUAAUGUCAUCAACCACUUCUGUGACAUGCCACAACUGCUAGUCCUGUCCUGCACUGACACUUUCUUUGUACAACUCAUGACUGCUAUAUUGACACUGAUCUUUGGGAUAAUAAAUGCCAUGGUUAUCAUGAUAUCUUAUGUCUAUAUUGUCAUCUCCAUCAUGAAGAUCACUUCAGCUAAAGGCAUGUCCAAGGCUUUCAACACCUGUGCUUCUCACCUGACAGCAGUUACCCUUUUCUAUAUGUCAGGUAUGUUGCUCUACUUGAGUUCCAGCUCUGGUGGUUCCUCCAGCUUCGACAGAUUUGCAUCAGUCUUCUACACUGUGGUGAUUCCCAUGCUGAAUCCCUUGAUUUACAGCCUGAGAAACAAGGAAAUCAAAGAUUCCUUGAAGCGGUUGCCAAAGAAGAGAGGUAUUGCUGCAGUCAAAGAUUCUGAGGCUUUUGACAGAUUUGUCUCAUCAGAAUCACCUUGUCCCUACAAUAAUAUUCAUGUGAAUGGAGUAUAA